CCGUUUGUAAACAUAAACAAAGUUGUUCUCCCUUUGCUCCGCAUCGUGAAAUUUUCGAUACUUUUCCAUAAUCCACGGGGGUCACUUGCUGUUGAUCAGGCUUGGGAUAAAAACUAACCCAAAAAGUCUACAUCAACUGUCAAGUUUGCGUAGUAGUUCAUUGGUUUAAACAGUUUAAUUGUGUCCAUUGGUUUUUUUUUUGUACAUAAUAACACAAAAAAAUGACUCAUCAUUCUGAAGAUUUGGUACUGCAUACAAAAUGUUUCACACCUCGCGAGCAUCAGGUGGAAUUAUUAUGUUCCGCAAUGGAGCGGAAUAUAAUAAUUUGUUUAGGUAGAACAACUGAACGAACUUUCAUAUCCACAAAAUUGAUACAAGAAUUGGGCAUUGGUCAUAGAAAGAGUUGCAAAGAUGGUGCUAAGAGAAUUCUUUAUCUCCUUGAAAACGACCAAAGUAGCCAUCAAAAAGCUGAGUACAUUAAUCAAGUUACUGAUUUUGGUGCAAUGGCCUAUGAUCCUAAAGUUGACUUCAAAACAUUUACAGCUAAAGAAUUUCAAGUCCUGUGUGUAACAAUUCAGGUUUGUAAUGAUCUAAUUGAAAAGAAAGAAUUAGAUCUUAAGGAUAUUCAAAUAAUAAUUAUUCACCAGUGUCACCGUUUUGAUGCAACUGAACAGUUGGGUGACAUUUUAUCACAUUUAAAAAAAUUAGAUAAUCCAAUCAAAGUAAUAGGAUUUGCUGCCCCAUUAUACAAUUUGACUGAAGUACCAGGCCAAUUGAGUUUUCAAAUUGAAAGAAUUGAAUCAUUCUUACAAUGUCAAAUAGAAACGGCUAGUGAUUUAUUAUCUAUCAUUAGAUAUAGCCCAAAACCAAAUGAAUAUAUAUUAGUUCAUAAAGUAGUAGGUAAAUCGUAUCAAGAAACAGAGUUACGUAAAUGUAUUGAAUCUACAAUGUCAUUCUUAGAAGAUCACAGAUAUGAUCUUUCAGAAAUUUAUGAUAAUGAGUUUGCAGAGGAACGUGAAAAAAUGCCUAAUCCUGUGGAAAAACCAAAAGAUAUUUUGGAAUAUUUUGUAAAUAUUUUAGAUAAUUUAGGAAUAUGGUGUGCAGAUAAAGCAGCUUUUGUAUUACUUUUAAUGAUUGAGAAGCUCAAAGUCAGAACUCCAUACGAUAGGCAUUAUCUUAUUUUCAGUCUUCUAUCGACUACAUUUGUAAAGAUAAGAAAAUUAUGUGACAUGUAUUUUCACAAUUUAACUGAAGUAGAAAAAAUUUAUCGAUUUUCAACACCCAAGGUUCUAAGAAUGUUAGAAGUGAUCAAAGUUUUUAAUCCCCCUAAAAGAUUACUUGCAUUAUCAAUAAAUAAUUCAGAAGAAGCUCAAUCAAAGUCAGACAAUCCAACUGAAGUUCAACAAGAAGUAAAAUCUUCAAAUAAUCAGAGUAAAGGACAAUCUCCUAGAAGUCAACAAAGAAGAUCGAGGUUUCGUCCACCAAGAUCGAACACUGACCCCAAUGGAAUUUGUGGAUUAUUAUUUGUUGAAAAUGCAUUAACGGCUAAAGUAUUACAUUACUUAUUAUUGGAAUUAAGUAAGAAUGAAGAUGAUUUAAAAUUUUUGAAGCCACUUUUUACAUGUGAAAAUAAUAGUGAAGAGCAUGAUUCUACAAAAGAGAUAGAAAUGAUGCACAGAAAGCAAGAAGAAGUGUUGAAAAAAUUCCGCAUGCGUGAUUGCAAUUUACUGAUAUGUACUUCAAUUCUAGAAGAAGGCAUUGACAUUCCAAAAUGUAACCUUGUGCUAAGGUUUGACUUUCCAAAAAAUUACAAAUCAUAUGCCCUAUGUAAAAGCAGAGCCAGGACAGCAGAAGCAUUACAUAUUCUACUUAUAUCUGAGGCUAAUUCUGAUGCUUGUAUCACAAAAGUGGCUGAUUUCCAUUAUAUUGAAAAAAUUUUACUAUCCAAGUGUUCAGGCUUACGCCUGAACUUGCAGCAUGAAGCAGAAGCUAAUGGUUACGACUUGAUAUUUCCUUCGUAUGAACCAAAAGAAGGACUAGGUCGAUCAGUUAGUCUUAAUUCUGCCAUCUCUUUAGUGAACAGGUACUGCACAAAGCUGCCAAGUGACACUUUCACGAAGCUCACCCCGGAAUGGGAAAUCAAAGAAGUAACGUUGAAUGGCCGAAAUAUGUACGUUUGCUCCAUCCACUUGCCCAUCAACUCUCCCCUCAAGUACACCGUCGAGUCGUGGCCGAUGCCCACAAGGGCACUGGCUAAACGUGUGGCCGCUCUGCGGAUGUGCAUACAGCUGCAUAAAGAGCAAGAAAUCGACGACUUCCUCUCACCAAUUAGCAAGGAAACUUUCCGAGCCAUGCCAGAAUACAAUGAGGCACCUCCUUUAUCCGAAGACGAGGACACGGAUGAUUUAGACAUUCGUCCCGGUACCACCAAACGUCGACAGUAUUACUAUAAAAAAAUAGCCGAUGCUCUGGUGAACUGUAAACCGGAGCCUAACACACCCUGCUACCUCUACCAUAUAAACAUGAUACUGAGCUGUCCACUGCCAGAAGAGCAGAAUACCCGGGGUAGAAAACUUUACCCCCCCGAGGAGUCGGCCAUUGGAUUUGGUAUUUUAACGAGUAAACCUAUACCACCAGUUUGCGCUUUUCCCAUCUACACGAGAUGUGGCGAGGUGAAAGUCGAAUUGCAGCUGAUCUCAGAUGAAGUUGUGCUAACAAAGUCGCAAAUCGAUAAAGCCAUCGAUUUCCUCAACUUCACCUUCAGCAACGUACUGAGAUUUCAAAAGUACCUAAUGCUGUUCGAUCCUGCGUCAUCCACAAAUUCAUACAUCAUCAUACCGGUGAAAAAUCACGCCAAGCCCAUUUGCAUCGAUUGGGAAUUCAUCGAUACGGUGAUCGCCAACCGCGAGAGUUUGCCCUACCAAAUGUCAGACGACAAUAGGCGAGAUUUCACCUUCGAUGCGGCGCGCUACAACGACGCCGUGGUCAUGCCUUGGUACCGAAAUCAGGACCAACCUCAGUACUUCUACGUCGCCGAGAUCUGCCAUCAUUUGAAUCCUAAGAGCCAAUUUCCAGGAGAAGAUUAUAAUUCAUUUGAAGAGUAUUACUUCAAAAAAUACGACAUCAAGAUACAAAACUUGACACAGCCGUUACUCGAUGUCGAUCACACCUCUGCUAGAUUGAAUUUUUUGACUCCCAGAUACGUCAACCGAAAAGGAGUUGCUUUGCCAACGACCAGUGAGAAGACCAAACUCGCGAAACGCGAAAAUCUCGAGCAAAAACAAAUCCUCGUUGCCGAGCUUUGCGCCGUUCAUCCCUUCCCGGCGUCUUUAUGGCGUCAAGCCGUUUGCCUGCCCUGCAUUUUGUAUCGCGCUAACGCUCUCCUACUGGCUGAUCAGUUACGUCGGGAAGUUGCCAAAGCUAUCAAUCUUGGCCGUGCGACUCUAGAUGAGAAAUUCAAAUGGUCUCCGCUCGACUUUGGAUGGAGUUUGGCCGACGUAAUAAAAAAAAUCAAAGAAGAGUCUAAGAAUAAAAACAAGUCUUUCAAUGAUUCAGUACAAAGUGGAAAAAGUGAUAGUUUAGCAGAGAAGAGUAUGGAGGAAAAGAAAAAGGAGGUAGAAGGUGGAGAAGUAAUCGAAGAGAUAACGAGACCUGGUCAAUUUGAAAUAAGCACGUUUGAAAUGGGACAAUGUGGAACAGGUUCAAACGAUCAGUUAAGUUUGGAAGCUGCUUCUAAUACGGAUUUAGAUGUAGUUUACGCCUCUCCAAAUGCGGUCAGUGAAGCUGAUUCGAGAUCGUACUCCGACUAUGACGGUUUGGAAAGCGAUGACGCUACAUCUGUCUGCUCUAAUUUAUCGAAUCGAACGAAUAGCAGAUGUUUGGAAAUCAAUUAUACCGAGGAAAAUUGCGCCGAAGCCGUCGAUUCUAGAGACACGGCCUUCGAGAGAGAAAAUAAGAGACUCAAGGCAUUGCAGGCCGAAGAGGACAAUCAUGGAUGGCAGUGGGAGAUAAAAACCGAUGAACAAUCAUCUGCCCAUAUAAAAACUCAUUUAGAAAAUAGAGAGAUCAACGAGAAGUUCAUUCGCGAAAGAGGAAUGAUCGUAGAUGUGGAAACGCCGGUAUUUUUCGAACGCGGGAUCAGAAGAAUAAGUAACAUGAUUGAACCAGUCGAAGACGAACAGAUCAACAAGGUUAUAAAGUUAUUAAAAGCUGAGAUGGAUACUCCGGAAAAAUCAUUUUGCAACAAAGUUAAACCAGCUGUACCUAUGCCAAAAACUCCGCCAAAAUACAGGACUUACCACGGAUUUACUUUUGAUGACCAACCAAAUCUGGAAAAUCAUUCAGGACCUAGCCCGAGUUUGAUACUACAAGCUGUGACAAUGUCUAAUGCCAACGACGGAAUCAAUCUCGAGCGUCUGGAGACAAUUGGUGAUUCGUUUCUCAAGUAUGCCAUUACUAACUAUCUGUACUGCACCUAUCUUAACAUACACGAGGGAAAAUUGAGCCACUUACGCUCGAAGCAAGUCAGCAAUCUCAAUCUCUAUCGACUCGGCAAAGCAAAGAAUUUCGCCUGUAGCAUGAUAGCGACAAAAUUCGAGCCUCACGACAAUUGGCUGCCCCCCUGUUAUUAUGUACCUAGGGAGCUCGAACAAGCCCUCAUCGAGUCUGGCGUACCGUCAACCUUGUGGAACCAGGCCGAGUUUCCUGACCCGAAAGACGGCAUUGAAAUCGACGCAAUAUUACGCGGUACUCAGCAAAAGCUCAGCAUGAUGAAAAUUGAACUCUCCGAGAAAAAUGCACACGUGAACAAUAACGCACGCAACUUUAUCCCUUACAAUCUGAUUACUCAACACAGCAUACCCGACAAAAGCAUUGCCGACUGCGUGGAAGCCCUCAUAGGCGCUUAUCUUAUUUCUUGCGGACCCAAGGGAGCUCUCAUAUUCAUGACUUAUUUAGGAAUUCCUGUUCUUCCAACAAGGGAAGUUUUACUUCUUCAGGAUGAAGAGCCAACUGAUAGACCGAUUGGUAGCACCGAGUACGUUAAAGGCAAGACCAAAAAGGGUAAGACAACGUGGUCAAACGUGGUGUACGAAAAUUUGCCCCAUCCACCGAGUCCGCUGUUGUAUAACUCCCCAAAUGCUGAGGCAGAAUUGGAAUUCAUGCUGGAUGGCUACGAUGUGCUAGAACAAAAAAUUGGUUACAAAUUCAACGAUCGAAGUUACUUGUUGCAAGCGUUCACGCAUGCCUCGUACUAUCGCAAUCACUUGACCGACUGCUAUCAAAGAUUAGAAUUUUUGGGUGACGCCAUACUUGAUUAUCUAAUUACUCGUCAUCUGUACCAAGACAAAAGGUGCCACUCACCGGGAGCCUUGACAGAUUUGCGCUCGGCUCUUGUCAAUAAUACAAUUUUCGCCUCGUUGGCAGUACGCUGUGGCUUCCACAAGUAUUUUAGACAUCUGUCACCCGGACUGAGCGUCGUGAUCGAACGAUUCGUGGAUAUACAGGAGAAAAACUGUCACACUAUCAGCGAGGAAUGUUGCUUCAACAGCGAGGAAGCGGAAGACAUCGAAGUGCCCAAAGCUCUCGGUGACGUGUUCGAAUCUGUCGCCGGAGCCAUAUACCUCGACAGCAACAUGUCGCUCGACGCUGUCUGGGGUGUUUACUAUGAAAUCAUGAAAGGGGAAAUUGAUCGGUUUAGCGAGAGUGUGCCAAAGUCACCGAUAAGAGAACUACUGGAAUUAGAGCCAGAAAUUGCUAAAUUUAGUAAUCCUGAGAAAUUGGCUGACGGCAGAAGAGUUCGUGUGACAGUAGAAAUCUUUGGCAAAGGUACCUUCAAAGGUAUAGGUAGGAAUUAUAGAAUUGCCAAAUGUACUGCCGCUAAAUGCGCGCUGCAAAAGCUUAAAAAUUUAGGUCGUUCAUAAUUCGUAAUAAGUGCGCAACAUUCAAAGUAAUUAUAAUUUUUUAUUUAUUUGUAAAUUGGUUAUUAAUCGUGUUAAUCAAGCACACAGUAUCUCAUGUGUGCCAAUAUUUUAAUUUUUAUUAUUUAAUGUUUGAAAAGGCUUAAAAUUAAUUUUCUGUAUUUGAUACAAAUGAAUGCAAAUAGUGAUUAUGAAGGUGUGCAAUUAAUAAGAAUAAUGCUAAAUCAUACAAAAUCAAUUAGUAUUGAUCAAAUUAAGUCUUUCAUUCUAAAAUAAGUUUAUAUUAGUUAUUAUUUAGUUUGAAUGUAUCUCCAAGAUGUACAUUCAUAAAUACGGGUGAUGAAGAGAAUGAAGACUUUUUGUAUUUUCUCAAUAUAAGUUUACUUAUUGAUGAUGUACAAAGACAAUAAAUCUGUACAUUUAAAUAGUAAUUUUUAAAAUAACUUUAUUAUUCACCUUUAACAUAAAGUUUAUACCAAAUUUUA